AUGAACAGCGCCAGUCAGGCAGCGCUAGCUGCAUUGCAGAUGCACUCAAAGCCAACGUCUCCUGCUCCGGCUCCACUGGUCUCUACCCAUCGCUCCAAUUCGCUCUCCAACUACGGAAGAAGCAAUUCCAUGAGAACUUACACCUACACACCAAAACCAUCUUACCAAACUGGACCCACAUACAAUACGGCCUCUCUGAGCCUGCCAAGACAGCCUCACCACCCUGGCCCAACAUACCAACAGGUUCCAUCCUUGAGAUCCAACAGCUUGCGCUCCAAUAGCUUGAGAUCAGGAUCACUAAGAAAUGCUCCUUUGCAGAGACCGCAAUCAUACCACCACCGCCAGAAUUCGGCCGAUCGGUCACUCGCUGAGGAAGAUGAUGAUGCAGACAGUAUUGUUAUCACCACGAAAACCACGAAGGUUGUGGACUCGAUGGGACGCACCAAAUCCAUCACGACGGAAACCAUUAAGACCAUGCCAGAUGGGUCCAACAUCAUCGAGACAAAAACGACAAAUAUUUCAAGACCUACAUCUCGGUCCAAUUCGUUACGCAAUAACUCAUUGAGCCAUGGAAUCAAUAAUAACUACAAUUUGGAUAAGAUCGAAGAGGACUUACAGGAUUUUGAUUACACCUACUUGGACCACGAGGAUAGAAAUCCUCCGCCACGUCUAAACGACGGAAACAUCAACCAAAGUCCACGAACUCAAAAGUAUAUUCAAGAACAGCGCAAAGCGAUUGCUCCUGUCCUCCACUCGCCUGGCAAGCCCGAAGAACGUGCUGGCUCCCUAUCCAGCAACCAGUCUCCCAAGCGCCUCAAAUCUAUUUUGAAAAACAGUUCCAGUAUCAGCUACCAGUCGUCUCCAGUGCAAGAUAGUCAUGAAGAAGCAUCAAUCCAAGACGUCAUUUCGCAGAACGAGCAUACAUAUUCUCCCCAUAAGAAGGAUCCAGCUGCACUUGGCCACGACUUCCCGCAGCAAACUUCAGUUGCUUCGGGAGCGUCAAUCAAAUUUAGAGAAACAGUCGAGACGAUUUCGUAUCCUGCCGAGUCUCAUAAUUUGGCAGAACUUCUGCGUGAAGAAGCACUCAAGAAAGACUUAGAGAAAAAGAAGAACGUCGACAUGUACUCCCAAGCUAUGAGGGUAGCCAUGGAGAGAGUCUAUGGAAGAAAUAGUGAGGAUAAUGCUGGUUUUCAUACACCACCUCAAUCUCCUGUGGUUCAUGAGCCAGGGCAGGAUUUGGAUGCAUUAGCCGAAAAGAAAUUGAAGAAAGACCACAAGAGAGACAAGGUUGAAUCAGCUGGAAUCAGCAAGAACUACAUAUAUGAGAAUCAUCAUCGAGACUUUUCAGUACGCUCAUUGCGUGGUGGUCCACACGGAGAAGAAGCCCAUGGCUCGACGAGAAAAGAGAGAGCUAAAGAGGAGAAGCGGCUAUUGAAGGAGGAGGAAAAGAGAAACGCAGAAUUAUUAAAGGCUGCCGAGAAGGAAAGAAUAAAGGAGGAGAAAUUUAGAAAGAAGAAGGACAAGAAACCUUUCUCCCUUUUUGGAAAGAAAAAGCGGAAGGACGUGACAGUGUACGACUCGACUAUGUAUGAGCAGACACCAGAUUCGCUGGCUGUCAUCGAGGAGAGCGCUGUUGAGAAUUCGUACCCUGAGCAAUCGCCCAAGAGCUCUCAACCCUCUAAUUAUUCCACCCCUCCGCAAGAAGCAAUUCAUGAGAAUCAUGAAGAUACUGUAAUUCCUGAUGGAUCAUCCGCCGCUGACAGCUCGUCAAAUUUCGUGGAUGUUCCUGAUAUCGUGGAUGAUUAUGAAGAAGAAGGUCAUGCUGAACAGCCAAGUAUACAACCAGCACCUGUUUCAUCCCAUACCGAUGUUAUAGAAGAUCCAAACGUUCCUGCGAGAGGUGACAUUGCAGAGCUUCAUCAGAACAACUCUGAUGUUCCUCCCCGUGGCGAUCUACAGCUCCUAAAUUCGGAGGAUGUUCAGGUACAACCGAUUCCAGAGGAAAAGCUUCCCACAUUAAUUUCUGGGGAUAGCAGCCGUCCACAAGUGAUCCUUGAUGAAACUAUCAAUGACCCUGGAAGCCUCACUGGUGUAAAAUCACAAGCAGGUUCUCUGGAGUAUCCUGUGCCUAAUGUUGACGGUACUGUCCCAAAAGAACCUGUCUUUCCACAGUCACAAAGUACUUCCAAUGGUCCUAAGAUAUACGUUGGUUCCUAUUCAUCGAGUGAAGUUCUACGCGCACCCAACAGAAUCACAAAACCUGAACUUCAAGUACUAGAUGAGAAUUUUUCUCAGCCAAUUGAUCAGUCAGAAGUGAAACAUGCUUUCCAACCUGAUUUGUCUAGUGUUUCGAACCUUGAUCACUUGACCAACGAGGCUUCUGAAUUAUCAAAGCAGCCAGGAAUUCAUAGUCACUCAGAAGUUCAUGAUAAUAACGUCGUCUCUGGGUCCGCUGCAUCUGAGGAAAGCGAACGCACGUUGCAAUCCAGUGGUGAUCACGAGCCUGUUAAAGUAACGCUUGACUUGAGUACACCGGUUCACAUUAGCAAUGGGGAGCGUUUUAAAGAAGUCCCCGCAAUUGGUCACCAAGAGCAAACACCGGCAUCAGUUACGGCAACUUCGGAUCAAUUGAACCCUACAACCUCUGGUAAGGAGAACCUUGAAUCCGACACUGACAAAGUUCAGGUCCAGGAAGUGUCGGGGCCAGUGGCAACGGUGGCUCCAGAACUGGGAGUUAAUUUAGGAUCACCAAUCCAACUUACUCUGUCAUACAAGCAACAACAGCAAGUACUUGCAGCUUCGAAACAAAAGUUUGCUUCUGAAGAGAAGAUUUCAAUCCCCAGGAUUGCAAUAUCGGAGCAAAAGGAGGUUGUGCCUGAGGAAAAGAUCGCCACUCCAGAACAAAAUAUUCUAACUCCAGAACAAAAUACUGCAAAUCAUGAGAAGCAUGGAAAGCAUGAAAAGCUUGCAGAUACUAAGGAAACUAAGGAGAGCAAAAAAUCGCCAAAGAAGCGUACGCAGAGGUUCAAGAAGAUAAUCGACAAGUACUUCAUCAACAACUAUUCCCGCUAA